AUGACUCGCGCUCAUCGACGUUCAGCAUCUUGGUCGGGAAUUCCCAAAGCGGAAUUGUAUACAGCUUCGAAGCACGCCGUCCUGGGCAUGAUGAGGUCCCUCCAUAUACCCCUCGAGUUAAAGGGCAUCAGAAUUGCUGUCAUACAUCCCUUCUUCGCUGACACGGCCAUAGUUCCAAUUCCAGUGAAGCUUCUCCUGGCUGGAAUCCCACUUACGCCUGUUCCACGCAUAGCAGGUGCCAUUUUCUAUGCUGCUACCAACCCCGAUUCUACGACGAACGGUUGUGCAUGGCUUCUGCCCGACAAUGGCCCCGUCUUCCUGGUACCGAAGGAAGAAUUCAAACUCGGGGUAUACAAAAUGAUAGAUGACAGGGUGAACUCCCUUCUUGCGGGUGCAAAAGGAUUGCAAUACUACUCUCCUUUACUGUGUGACUUGUGGCGAAUAGCAGGCAAGCCAAUCGUGACCACCGGUUUAGGUGUUUUCUUGGCAAAAACUGUGUGGGAUAACAAGGAACUAAUUCUCCACAAUGCACGUACGUAUAUCCCCCAGUGA